AUGGUUUCACGUGUCGUACCGACACCCACGUCAGGUCUCGAUCUGUGGAGAUACAAGCGAAAGCCUUGCCCCCCUCUAGGUGGCGCUGUCACCGACCUCCCCAGCUCGACUGCCCCUCGUCCUGUCAAUUGCCGUGGAAGGGACUGGGACUCCGAGGGUUUUCAUCCAGAGGUACCAAGGCUGAAGAGGGUGUGGAGCCGCUGGGACAUAGGAUCCCGAGCACGGCCCCUCCUCGCCCGAGACGUCACGGGCCCGCCCCCGCCCGCGCUCUACUCUUUGCGCAUGCGUGCUCUCCGGGCCUCUCCCCGUCUCUCCUGGGCUGACGUCACUCUCCCCCACUUGUUCCACCUCCCAGGUCUCCUCCCUCGGUCUGCCCCUGACUCUGUGUCCAUUCCUCCCGUCGGUGUGUACGGCCCGCCCCCCGCCGGCACCCGGGCCCGCCCCGCCCCGCAAUUCGAGCCGAAUUUGUCCGCGGGUUUUUCCGAGUUCUGCCCGCCGCGCGCGUCUCCGGGACGGCCGCCACCCCCCGGCGCCGCGCUGACAAAAGCCGCACCGGGACAUGUGUCUCCCGGUACCUCUUCACCCACGCUCCCCGCCUGCUCUGCCGCUACCGCGCCGUGCCCCCGCGAGGAAGCGUCCCCCCCCCGAUCCCUCCUCUCUUCCCCCUUCACCCCCCCUUCCGAUCCUGACUCCCCUCCUUGCUCCCCCACCCUUCUGUUGAGGAUGCAGAGCAACUUUUCGUUGCUCUCCCAGUCUUUUCGACUGAACCAGCUUCAAGCUCCAGAGGAGGCACGGGACCAAUUUCAUCUGGCCAGACUGAACUGCAAGAAAUUUGCUUUUGUGCAUGUGGCUUUUGCACAGUUUGAGCUAUCACAAGAAAAUGAGAAGAAGUGUAAGCAGAUCCUUCAGAAAGCUGUGGAGUGCUCUGCUGUUCCUCUGGAAUUGUUGGAAACUGCUCUGCAAAACUUACAUUUGAAAAAAAAGCAGUUACUCUCAGAUGAGAAGGAGAACUUUGCAGUAUCAAGUACACAGGAGUCUGGACUUCAGAAUAUAGGUGGAAAUCACAGAAGCUUAAAAAAGAAUGAUUCUAGUGAAAAUUCUUCAACUAUUAACAGAUCUUUAUUUAGGGAAGAGAAGUCACAGGAGCUGGGUGCUCUAGUUAAUUACCACAAUCCAUUGAGACCACUAAACAAAUCUAACCAGAUUUGCCCAUUUGGGAGGAUUCCUAUUACCCUGGUAUCUGAUGAUGGUGAUGACAUGGAGGAUUCAGAUCUCCCACUCACGGCCAGUGUUACAGAGAGGCAAAUGUCCAGCUCCAAACAAACAGCCUUUGUUGCACCUUUUCCACCAUCAGAACCAAAACCUUUUGGGCAUGAUUCGUGCAGCCUGAGAGAUUUGCAGUCCUUACAAGAAAAAACAGCUUUACAGAUGUUGGAUGAGGGCAGCUCAGAAACAGCUACCAAUUCAACUGUAACUCUCAAAACCAAAGUGGAUGCAAGUCUAGUGACAAAAAGAGCAGAGAGUAAAGUUCAGCAUCUGGAGCUGAAGACACCAGAGCCCAGGAGUCUGGAAAGUCAACAACAACAAUCUAGUUUUGGUGAAAGCUAUAGAAAGCAGUUGGAGCAGAUCAAACUAAACUGUGUUAAUGCCAGAAAAAAAAUGCCAGCUCAAGAGAUGUCACAGAAAAGCUGCUAUGGAGAGGGAAAACAAAUGAACAUUGAACAGUCUGGUAAUCCUGUUUCAAGACGAUCAUCACCAUCAGAUGCUGUUUCUAAGAAAAGUGACCCAUUGCAUGUUUAUGGGACACCAAGCACCACAUCUAAUGAUUAUAUGGCCUGUUUCAGCACACCAGUUGUAAAGGACAAGUUUCUGCCAGGAUGUCAAAUUUCUACUCUCUACAGCCAGUUCCCGUAUUAUAUACCACAUACUCCAGCAACUCCAUUUCAAAAUCAAGUUGGCUUGCAGGUUCCAGCUUCUGUACCUUCACAUGAAUGCCUUGUCAUCAAUGGAAGAGUUUAUACAGUGUUAAAGCAAAUAGGUAGUGGAGGCUCAAGUAAGGUGUUUCAAGUACUGAAUGACAAGAAGCAGCUGUAUGCUGUCAAAUAUGUGAACCUAGAGGAAGCUGAUCAACAGACUGUUGAGAGCUAUAAGAAUGAAAUUGCUCAUUUGAGUAAACUGCAGCAACAUAGUGAUAAGAUCAUCCGCCUUUAUGGCUAUGAAAUUACUGAUCAACAUAUCUACAUAGUAAUGGAGUGUGGAAAUAUCGAUCUCAAUAGCUGGCUUAAAAAGAAAAAAAAGAUGGAUCCACUGGAACGAAAGAGCUAUUGGAAAAAUAUGCUGGAAGCUGUUCACACAAUCCAUGAAUAUGGCAUUAUUCACAGUGAUCUGAAAACAGCAAACUUUCUGAUAGUUGACAGAAUGUUAAAACUAAUUGACUUUGGCAUUGCAAACCAAAUGCAGCCAGAUGUGACAAGUAUCAUUAAAGAUUCUCAGGCUGGCACAAUGAAUUAUAUACCACCUGAAGCAAUAGAAGAUAGGUCUUCCUAUGGAGAAAAUGGCAAACCUCGUUCUAAGAUAAGUCCCAAAAGUGAUGUGUGGUCACUGGGCUGCAUUUUGUGCUGUAUGACAUAUGGAAGGACUCCGUUUCAGCAUAUAACAAAUCACAUCAAUAAAAUGCAUGCUAUUGUUGAUCCAAGCUAUGAAAUAGGGUUCCCAGAUAUUGCUGAGAAGGAUCUUCAAGAUGUGCUGAAGCACUGUUUAAUAAGAAAUCCUAAAGAGAGAAUUUCUGUUUCGGAGUUGCUGGUACAUCCCUAUGUUCAAAUUCAAAGUCAUUGUCCAACAGGUAUUCCAAAUGCAAAAGGAACAACAGAGGAAAUGAAACGUAUCCUUGGCCAGCUUGUUGGCUUGAAUUCUCCCAAUUCUAUUUCUAGAGCUGCAAGGACUUUAUAUGAACAGUGCAGCAGUGGUAAGACUUUUGAUGUAUCAGCAUUUGCAAAACCUGGGAGUCAAAAAACAUGGACAACAAAAUGA